GCAAGGAGGCCGCACAGCUCGCCCAGCAGCCGGGCCUCUGGCGGCAUCGAGGCGCGCUCUGAGGUCUCCCAGGCGAGCGUGCUGCGCAGCUUGGGGGGGGGGGCAGGUAGGAAGGUCGAGGCUGGGGAAGCCGAGCCCGCUGGCCCGCCCAGCUCGAGAGCGGGCCCCCGCCACCCGCAUCGGCGCCGACGUCCGCCGCGGGCAGGUGCGCGACAGGCUGGUCAUCGCCGGGCUCGCCAGGGACCCCCUGAGGUCCACGCCCGUGGCGAGCUGGAACCUCUGGGAGAAGCGGCAGGAGGACCGAGGCCAGGGCGAGCGCCACAUGUGCCUCGCGCUCGAGCCCGGCGACCGCAUCAAGAUGGUGAACGACAAGGGUUCGCAGACCGCGAUGCUCUCGGAGCUGAUCAAUGCGAUGAGCUACACGAGCCCGCGGGAGUUGAGCUUGGCCAUCUCGCGGAACAUCGGUGACGUGUUGCAGGACCGACGGCGCAGCCGCCGGCGCAGCACGAGGCCGAGGCCGAGGCCGCAGGCCGCGGCGCCGCCGGGAGCGCGCCCGCCCGGAGGACGCCGACCCCACUGGCCGACGGACAGCCGGCCGCCGCGCGGGCGCCUGCGGAGCCGGCCCCGCCGCAGCGCUGCUCCGUGGGCCAGCAGCCUCCCGCCGGCGAGUCGCCUCCUCCGGCGCGCGCCCGCGCUGCAGAGCGGCCUCCCUCGCCGGCGGGCCGCGGCGUCGGGGCCGCAGCCGCG